AUGUCUAAGCCUGUUGACCAUAUCAAGAGACCCAUGAAUGCCUUCAUGGUGUGGUCCAGAGGGCAGAGGAGGAAGAUGGCCCAGGACAAUCCCAAGAUGCAUAACUCGGAGAUCAGUAAAAGACUUGGGGCCGAGUGGAAACUUCUGUCUGAAGCCGAGAAAAGACCUUACAUUGACGAAGCCAAAAGGUUGAGGGCUCAACACAUGAAGGAACACCCCGACUAUAAGUAUAGACCAAGGCGCAAGCCCAAGAACCUUUUAAAGAAGGACAGGUACGUCUUUCCACUGCCCUACCUUGGAGACCAUGACCCACUUAAAACAGGACUUCCCAUGAGUGCCGCUGAGUCCCUUUUGGGGGCCUCAGAAAAGGCAAGGGCAUUCUUGCCACCUACAUCAGCACCUUACUCUUUUGCUAGACCCAAGCCAGUUUAGCUCCGCCACCAUCCAGAAGAUGACCGAGAUGCCACAUACCUUGACCACAAGUACCCUCCCUUACGCCUCCACCUUGGGAUACCAAAAUGGAGCCUUUGGGGGCUUAAGCUGUCCCAGCCACACACACACACACACCCCCCCUUCUCCCACCAACCCCGCUAUGUGGUGCCCUGUAACUGUACAGCAUGGUCUGCAUCUAACUUGCAGCCUCCAGUUGCCUAUAUAUUGUUCCCUGGCAUGACUAAAGCUGGUAUAGACCCUUAUUCCUCUGCACACACCGCAGCCAUGUAA